CAUGUGCCUGGCGCCCCCUCCCCGGCCCUGGAUUCCACUCCCCCUCCGCUCGCGCUGCAGCCGCAGCCGCCUCCAGGCCCCGCGCCGCCUCCGGAGUCCAUGGCCGGGACGCGCUGGGUGCUCGGGGCGCUGCUCCGGGGCUGCGGCUGCAACUGCAGCAGCUGCCGGCGCACCGGCGCCGCCUGCCUGCCUUUCUACUCGGCUGCCGGCUCCUUCCCCUCGGGCGUCUCGGGCCGUCGCCGCCUGCUGCUGCUGCUCGGGGCCGCCGCGGCCGCCGCCUCUAACACGCGGGGCCUCCAGUCCGGGCCUGCGUCCGCCGGGAGGCUGGCGGGGCCUCCCCCCGCGGCCGCCUCCGCCGCCGCCGCGGCCGCGGCUUCUUACCCGGCCCUGCGUGCCCCUCUGCUACCGCAGUCGCUGGCGGCGGCUGCGGGCCCGGCGCGGAGCUACAGCCAGGAGUCCAAAACUACCUACCUGGAAGACCUUCCACCUCUCCCUGAGUAUGAAUUGGCUUCAUCCAAGCUAGGAGAAGAAGUGGAUGAUGUUUAUCUCAUUCGAGCUCAAGGACUGCCAUGGUCAUGCACUAUAGAAGAUGUGGUUAACUUUUUCUCAGACUGCAGAAUCCGAAAUGGUGAGAAUGGAAUACACUUCCUCUUAAACAGAGAUGGGAAACGAAGGGGUGAUGCCUUAAUUGAAAUGGAAUCAGAGCAGGAUGUGCAAAAAGCCUUAGAAAAGCAUCGCAUGUACAUGGGACAACGAUAUGUGGAAGUGUAUGAGAUAAACAACGAAGAUGUGGAUGCCUUAAUGAAGAGCCUGCAGGUCAAGUCUUCACCCGUGGUAAACGAUGGAGUGGUUCGCUUGAGAGGACUUCCGUAUAGUUGCAAUGAGAAAGACAUCGUAGACUUCUUUGCAGGACUGAAUAUAGUAGACAUUACUUUUGUCAUGGACUACAGAGGGAGAAGAAAAACAGGAGAAGCCUAUGUGCAGUUUGAAGAACCAGAAAUGGCCAACCAAGCUCUGUUGAAACAUAGGGAAGAAAUUGGUAACCGGUAUAUAGAGAUAUUUCCAAGCAGAAGGAAUGAAGUCCGAACACAUGUUGGUUCUCAUAAGGGAAAGAAAAUGGCAUCUUCUCCUACUGCUAAGUAUAUAACUGAGCCAGAAAUGGUCUUUGAAGAACAUGAAGUAAAUGAGGAUAUUCGACCCAUGACAGCUUUUGAAAGUGAGAAGGAAAUAGAACUGCCUAAGGAGAUGUCAGAAAAGCUUCCAGAGGCUGUUGAUUUUGGAACUACAUCUUCACUACAUUUUGUCCACAUGAGAGGAUUGCCUUUCCAAGCUAAUGCCCAAGACAUUAUAAACUUCUUUGCUCCGCUGAAGCCUGUUAGAAUCACCAUGGAAUACAGUUCUAAUGGGAAGGCCACUGGAGAAGCUGACGUGCACUUCGAUACCCAUGAGGAUGCUGUUGCAGCUAUGCUCAAGGAUCGGUCCCAUGUUCACCAUAGAUAUAUUGAAUUGUUCCUGAAUUCAUGUCCAAAGGGAAAAUAAGACUUCCAGGGACUCCAGAUAAUAAGGAUGAAGCAAGAAGCAUUUCAUUUGCACUUCUUUCUUGGACGUGGAAUAUAAAGUUCCAGUUUUGUAGCAGCAACUGCUAGAGGAAGGAUUUGGGGGUUUUGGGUUAAUUGCUUAUAAGACAAAUUACGUAGUGGACUGUUGAGAAAGGAAAAGGAAAGAUUCAGUUUGAAAUUAUGAAAUAAACCACAAAUUUAAAUUUUCGUUU